AUGGAUGUGAUGCAGUGCACCGCCUGCACCCUCCUGUGGGUGUACGGCGUGGCGAGCUGGUGCAUGUGCUUCUACGUGCUGUUCUCCUCGGGCGAGGGGUACAUGUGGUUCACAACUUUCCAGAACUACUUGCUGAUUCUCGGGGCGACAGGGGCUGCAGCCGCGGCACCCUUCUUCGAUGUUCCCUCAGCAAGCAUCUUCAUCACAUUUAGCGGAUGGUCCUUCUACGCAAUGCUGGUGAGUGUCCAUUACUGGCGCUUCAAGCUGUGGCGGCGGCACAUUAUUCCGGUGAACGCGCCAUUGCUCCUUCUCUUUCUGUGGGAGGUGGGCAAGGCGGCGGGGGAUCGUGUGGACCCGUGUUGCUGUGGCGGCAGCAUUCCUUGA